AUGGACCCCGUACCCCCCUCAACCCGAAGUUCGGGUCAAAUUCGGGUUUUCGGGUUGGGUUGGGGUGGUCUGGCAGGUAGUCAGGAGGCCGACCUGCUGGAGCUGGAGGUUCAGCAGGGCGAGCUCGCGGGCAGCGAGCCAGCGCCGACCGAGGAGGCAGCGCCCGCCACCCCUGGCGCUCCGGCCGUCACCACGAUCAUGAUCAGCAACAUUCCGAUGGCUGUGGCGCAGAGUGGCCUCCUGGGCCUCAUCAAUCGGACGGGCUUCGCGAGCAGGCACGACUACGCCUGCAUGCCGAUCGCUUUCGAGGCUGGGACUACACAGGGGAUCGCGUUUGUGAACCUCGCCACCCCCAGGGGACGCCUGCGAGUUCUCGAAGCAGUGGACAGUGGAACGGAGCGUGGCUAA